GUCGCGCGCUGCAGUAAUAUCCAGUGGAGCGCACGAGCGCAGCGCAACAGGUAUCUCGAGCUUCUGACAGAACCUACAGAGAACAGCUAUUCAGACGUUGAGCAGCUUGCAGCAAACUUUAAAGCACUUUUCAGGUAGGAUUGGAAAACAGUGAGUGAUUGGUGACCCUGAACCUGAUAACGAAGAAUAAACAUGCCGAGGUCGUUUUUGGUGAAGAGCAAACGGGCACACAGUUAUCACCAACCCCGUUACCUGGACGACAACUGCAUGCAAAUUGAGAAACUUCUCACAUGCCAAGAAAGUCAAAUGGGACAGGUGCCUGAGAGCACAGUGGAUGUAGGGAAGGAUCCGGGCAAUCGUUCCCCUAAAGCCAGCAUGGUGUGUACGGCAGACCAUUCCUCUCAACAGUCCCCACUCAGAUGUGAGGGCAGUGUGUGUGACCACUCAUCAGACUAUGAGGACUUUUGGAGACCUCUGUCCCGAUCUCCCUCUCAAGAUCUGGAUAAAUGCCAGGUGCCUUCACCAGAUGACCCUCAGGCUUUCGACAUGACUUUCCCUCCAUAUGUUUGGGCCCAUUCAACAUCCGAGCUCAGGCACCUCAUUCAAACGUGCAAUCAUGUCCCUGUUUCUAUGGAUCCAGAGCCAUCAAUGGGGGUGUAUGAGUCUACAGAAAGAAGGCCAGGUGCCCAACUCCUCACUGAACCAAGCCAAUCAGGGCGAUUUUACCAGGACUAUGGCUCUUUUACCUCUAACCUUUUGGAUAGUAGAAGCUUUUACGCAGACUUCAAGAUGUCAACUAAAGUAUCAGAGCUUAAUGCAGAGUCGGAUAUUCUUUGCACGCGACUUCAACUAAAUGGGUCGUACAAAUGCAUAAAAUGCACUAAGGUGUUUUCGACCCCUCAUGGUUUAGAGGUUCACGUACGGCGGUCACACAGUGGCACAAGACCCUUCGCUUGUGAAAUCUGUGGAAAAACAUUUGGCCACAGUGUCAGCCUGGAGCAACAUAAAGCUGUCCAUUCACAAGAAAGGGUUUUCAGCUGCAAAAUCUGCGACAAAAGCUUCAAGAGGUCAUCCACUUUGUCCACGCACCUCUUCAUCCACUCUGACACCCGACCAUAUCCAUGUCAAUACUGCGGCAAACGAUUCCACCAGAAAUCAGAUAUGAAGAAACACACGUUCAUUCACACAGGCGAGAAGCCGCACAAGUGUCAAGUGUGUGGCAAAGCCUUCAGCCAGAGUUCAAACCUCAUCACACACAGCAGAAAACACACAGGAUUCAGGCCUUUCGGAUGCGAACUGUGUGGCAAAGGCUUUCAGCGCAAAGUAGAUCUUAGAAGACACAAAGAAACGCAGCAUGGUCUAAAAUAAUAAUUCAAUUAUUUGCUUAGUUUUUGUUUGCACAUUGGACACUAAAGGCUGUAGUAUGUUGUAUGGUUUAAUGAAUUAAGAAAAUAACAGAUUUAUUUGUAUAAUGCAGUCAGAGAGAUUGCAGAUAUUAUGUUUCUGUAUUCAUUCUAAAAUACUAUUCAUUAUAUUAUUGUAUUAAUUUACCAAAAUCAAUUUCUGAAAAACAGUAAUAAACGUAUAAAAUCUAUUAUUUAUUAAAACUUUUAUCUUUUUUAGCCAUAUAUUAAUGGUUUAAUUACAUGUUUGCUACAUUUAUUCAAUCACGUAUGCAUAUUCACAAUAUCUAUAUAGGCCUAUAAUAAAGCCAACUUGAUGUGAAUACCGGUUUUUCACUGUGUAUAGCAAAGAACAUUACAAAUUGGUUAAUUAGAUUAAAAUAUAUAAUA